AUGCAAACCGUCAACGGUACUUCCACCUCAUCACAAGCCCACGAUGGGACUUUAGAAGGCGAUGCCGACCAGAAGAAGAAGUUUGCAGUGUUUACAGCUACAGGUGAUCAAGGAAGAUCAGUAUGCAAAUACCUUUUAGAAGAUGGUGGAUGGGAGGUAGUUGGUAUCACGAGGAAUGCAAAUAGCGAUAGUGCCAAGGACCUCGAUAAGAUGGGAGUCAAGGUGGUUCAAGGAGAUAUGAACGAUCCUUCUUCUUAUUCAGAAUGUCUUGAAGGGGCUUAUGGAGCUUUCGUCAACGCUGAUUUCUGGGCACCAUACUUUGCCUCUGGAUGCAAUGCAUCUAUCGGUCAGGAGACCGAGAUCAAACAAGCUAAAGGAGCGAUUGACCAAUGUAUUAAAGCAGGGUUGAAGCAUGUGGUGUACUCGACAUUGGAGGAUUUAGGUGAAGAUGGUAUUCCUCAUCUGGAUUCUAAAGUUCAAGUAUCCAAAUACAUCAGAACAACUUCCCUUCCUACAACUCACCUCAUUACCUCAUACUACUUUUCCAACGCCAAUAAAUUCGGUCAAAUCACCAAAGACAAACAUGGUAGUCUCGUAUUGGCUACACCGGUACCUGACGAUUGUUAUCUCCCUGGAUUCGCGGUCGAGCAAACUGGUGCAUGGGUGUUGAAAGCUUUGAAAGAUCCUGAAAGGUUUAUUGGUCAAGAAAUUUACGCAUGCUCGGACAUCCUCACCGUCUCAGAAAUGGCCUCGAUCUUAUCCGACGUGGCAGAAGUCAAAUUCAAUACUUUGGGAAUAACUAAAGAAGAAUUCUACUCUGAACAGUUCAAAGCGCAAAAUGACAAAGAGCUUUGGCUCAAUAUGGAUCUGUUCUAUCGAAAACUGUUAAAGAGAGAUGUUGCGAAGAGUAAAGAAUUGGUUCCUGAACAGUGGACGUUCAGGGACUGGGCAGAACAGAAUCAUGAGUUUAAGAGAAUCGCUGGUAUAUGA